AUGAUACUUCCACAAAUGCUACCUUCAAAUAACCAUAAUAUUACCGGUUUAUCAUCUAUGUCAAUCGAGGUUAUAGAGAUGAUUCUUUACUGGGUUCAUCAUCUUCCUUCAACCCGGCACACUGAUCAGUACCAAGAGACCGAAAGCAGUCUUAAUGAAAAUGAUUAUCCACGUCUCCGAAAAUUCCGAGAAACAAAUGAUAGUCUUCCUUUGUGCGAUUUACGAUCACUUGCUUCAGUCAAUCGUUCAUUACAUAAAAUGUUAUCUCCUUAUCUUUUCCAGUGUUUCGAUUUCGAAGGUUUCGCGGCGAAUAGACUAAAGCUCACGUUUGAAGACAUCAUCGAUAGACAUUCAGAUCAAUUCAGAGAAAUCCGGGCGAGAUUCUCAUAUAGUCAUGAGCCAGAUGGGAAUUCUAAAUCACGAUCCGAACUUUUACUUAAAAUCUUGAAAUCUUGUGCUCAUCUUACCGAUAUCGAUAUCGAUCUCGACCCAGAACGUCUCGUACCUGCCACAAGGCCGAACAUAUUCGACUCAGGAGCCUUGCAAGACUCUUCAGUGUCGAAUCGAAUUCCAAACUUAUUUUUUAGACCUAUCUGUCAACUUACUUCGCUUACUCAUCUUUCACUAUCAUCUCCUCACCCACGACCACCUUACACGGAGCACUUCUUACGCCUUUCAUGGCUCUCGUUGGGUAACUAUCCGCUGGAGCCACGUCAAGAUUUGGAAGAUUUAAUCAAUGAACGACUUUGGCCUAAUCUGAAAAAGUUGGAGAUCAAUAGUCAUACUUCUUCCUUUCGUAGAGCGGUUGAAGGUUUAAAUGCCUUGUGUCAGAGAUUUUCAAUUGAGACAAUUUUCAAUGUGGAUUUCUAUAGUCAUGAAGAUGAGGUAUAUGAUGGUGCUGGCGCGGAUCAUAGCAUCGGCAUAGAUGAACUCCAGGGAUAUAUGCAUGGAUCUCAUGGUGAAGAUUGGAUAUUUUAUGGUGGCUGGCCCUGA